AUGAAGCUCUUACUGACCGGAUUGUUUGUAGUCUCUGCACUUGCAGUCAAGACUCCACCUGAAGAAGACUACUAUCAUGCGGCUGUUGUUGAAUACAUGGCAGUCAGUGGUGCUGAUGCUGAAGAAACUCUAAUGUUGAAUGCUAAUCGCUAUGUAGAAAUAAUUAGUGAAGCUGCCAAAACGGCUGACAUUGUGGUUUUUCCAGAGGGAGGUCUUAACAAUGGCGACCUAACACUUUUUGUGAAGAUACCAUUUGAAAAAAAUAAUGCUGUAUCUGUAGAAUCUGUACCUACACAUGAAGCUAUUAGGAAACUCUCAAGGGCUGCUAAGGGUUAUGGUAUAUACGUAGCUGUAAAUAUUCAUGAAGAAGAACGUACCAUAAAUGGAAGUUUAAAAUAUAAUACUAAUGUGGUAUUUGACAGAAAUGGUAGCAUAAUUGCUAGGUAUAGAAAGUAUAAUCUGUUUUCAGAAACAAUAUUGAAUACAACAUCAGAACCUGAGCACAUAUAUUUUGACUCUGAUUUUGGGGUACGUUUUGGAACCUUUACUUGUUUUGACAUUAUUUUUAAAGAGCCUGCAUUAACUCUUGUUCAGAAAUAUAAUGUUACUGAUAUGAUUAUAACUGAACAUUGGUUCUCAGAAUUACCAUUUCUGACAGCUAUUCAAGAACAAGCAGCUUGGUCGUAUGCAACUAAUGCAAACUUACUAGCUUCUGGAAUAAAUGAUAUUAUUCGUGGGAGUACUGGUAGUGGGGUCUACGCUGGCAAUAGAGGUCCUGUAAUUGUUCUUCAAAGUCUACAACCAGGCUCUCGGCUUUUGCAUGCUAAGCUUUACAAGGAAGGGAGGCAAGGAACUUCUGAAGGAGUGAUUAAAGAUCUUCAUCCUAUUCCAGCUGGGACAGAAAACUUUAAAUUAAAGAGGCAGUAUCUUGAAGAUUUUGUCACUGAAAUGUUGCUCCCAGAUACAGCUCUAAUUAAAGUACCUGAGGUAGGAGAUGAAGGGAAACACUGCUUCAUUCAGGAAGCUGUUAUCGACCAAGAAAUAUGUCAAAGCGAAUUUUGCUGCCAUUUUCAUGUUAAUAUGACAGUUACCUACAAGACUGAUGAUUUUCCAAUUAAGAAAGACAGAUCAUACUUUUUAACAGAUUCAUUUUAUCACUACAGAUAUCGAUUAGCAGUUUUCAAUGGUAUACGAACUUUUGAUGGCUUUGCUACUGGAGGAAAUCAAAUCUGUGGGAUAAUAUCCUGUUUGAAUGACACAUUCGCAAGUUGUGGAUUGAAAACAGGUUUCAUAGAUCCAUUAGUAAUUGAUACGAUUGUAUAUGGUCCUUUAUAUGUUUAUGAUACUGUCUUCAACGAGGUCACAAUAACAACAUCUACGCUUGCUCAGGAUAGCUAUACUUUUCCUCACUUUAUGGAAUCAUCAGAAACAGAAUAUCAAUUUGGAUCAGUUAAAAAUAUGUCUAACAUUGAUUUUACAGUAAAAGAUUCUUCAUCCAAACUUAUCUUUUCUUCUCCGAAACUUGUAUCAGGAGCUAUUUACAAUCGUGUCUAUUCACGAGAUGGAGGCCCACCUGGAGUUACUCCUUCUUCAGGUUAUGCCAACUUAACACCUUCUUUAGUGAUCUGUUUAAUAUUACUGCUUAUACCAAAGAUAUUUCAAAUUUUACCAGUUCAUAGAUGA